AUGCAUCCUGACCUGUCUCCACACUUGCACACUCAAGAGUGCAACACCUUGAUUAACUUGCUAAAGGAAUGUCACAGAAAUCACAGCAUUCUGAAAUUUUUUGGUCAUUGCAAUGAUCUUGAUCGGGAGAUGAGAAAAUGCCUGAAGAAUGAGUAUGCAGAAAAAAGGACCAAAAGCAGGGAGCGUGGCAACACAAUGCGGAAACGACUGCUCAAUCCUCCUGAGGAGUCUGGGAAAUGA